AUGGCCAACCCCGCCCUAGAGAUCCACCCGGCUACCACAGCCAUCGAGAAAGACGACUUGGUCAUACCUGUCAUUGAUUUUGGCCCUUUCUUCUCGGGAACUCCAUCUGAUAAACAUGCCGUCGCUCUCUCCAUCACCAACGCCUUCAAGACCUCCGGGUUCCUGUACCUCAAGGCUCAUGGAAUACCACCAUCCAUCGUGUCCCGAGUCUUUACCUCAUCAUCCCGCUUCUUCAGUCGACCCCAGAGUCAGAAGGACAGUCUGGGCUGGACUACCCCACAGUCGAACCGUGGUUACAUCGCAGCCGGGCGGGAGAAGCUCGCCCCCCUCGAGGAAACAGAGGGGAUUAGUACACUCCGCGGCUCCGCACCGGAUCUAAAGGAGACGCUGGAAAUCGGUCGGGAAGGCGUUGAAGGCUUGCCGAAUCGCUGGCCCGAUCAUCUCGAUGACGAGGGCAGAGACUUUAAGGAAACAAUGUUGUCGUUUUUCGAAACAUGCAAGAAUUUACACCGACAAAUAAUGAGUGCAAUUGCCCUUGGGAUGAAUCUGCCCGAACACUUCUUUGAUGACUUCGUCAAUGAAGGCGACAACAAUCUGCGUCUGCUGCAUUACCCAGCUGUCCGGAAGGAGGUCUUCAAAGACAACCCAAAUCAAGUCCGGGCGGGCGAGCAUAGUGACUAUGGUUCAGUCACUUUGUUGUUCCAAGAUCGGCAUGGUGGUUUGCAGGUGCGCAGCCCGAAGGGAACAUUCGUGGAUGCAACUCCUAUUGCGGAUACUAUCGUUGUCAACGCUGGAGAUUUACUGGCUCGGUGGUCCAAUGAUACAAUUCGCAGUACCCGCCAUCGAGUAAUCCAGCCACCCAUGCCAGUGGGCGAGGAUGCAGCCGACUCGGAUACGUACCCAUCCCGGUACAGCAUCGCGUACUUUUGCAAUCCUGAUAAUAAUAAACUGAUCGAGGCACUCCCGGGGACGUAUGGAGAAGAUAUGCAGAUAGAAAAGAAAUAUGCCGAUAUCACCGCGGGUGACUACCUAGUCUCGCGACUGACGGCGACUAUCUGA